AUGGAUGUAGCUGCUGCCGAGUCGCCUUCUUCCUCCUCCAAUCCCCAUUUCCAUCUUGAUGAUGAUGACGACGAUGAUGAUAAUGAUAAUGGACAGCCUCCUUUCAAAUUGGAGCCGGAGGAUCCCCAAAAGUUACCGGACCCCCUCGCCCUUAGUAACAGUAACAAUAAUGAUGACGAUGUUGUUGUCAGUGAUCCUCCUCCAGCUCCAGAUCAACCAGACAACGACAGAGGACACAACAGUAUUCGUGAUGGACAUGGCGACGAUGAGCAACACCGUUGUCCUCCUCAUGGAGACGGCAACGACCAUGGUGGGGAUGAUGGCAGCCCUACAUCCCCAGAAGCCAAAACGGAAUUAGAGGAGCAGGAGAAAAACAAGGACGACGACGACGACCACAACUCUAAUAAUUCCCCAUCACCUCCGGAUCUCGGUAAAGUUUCUCAAGAGAUCGAUCGUUUCAUCUCAUCAUCAGGAGAUGUUGAGUAUGAUGAACAUCCCCCGCCCGAUCUGCCCCUGUUCGUUGAGCAGUUCCUGGAUCUGGUCGAAGCACAGACCGGGAUAAGCCAAGAUCCCUCCUCCUCCUCCGACCACCACCACGAACCGCCUCUUAUAAAAUGGAGUCGACUGACGCAGGAUGAUGCAGCAUCGUUCCUUGAGGCCGCAUCCCGGGUCUCUUCCCUGUCGAGAGCACUCCUGAGAUUCCAGUCCGAACAAAAGUACGCCUCCUGCAUCAACCGCCUCGGAAGGAUUCUCCAGCAGGCCAUGUCGUACCUGGAGGAAGAGUUCAAGUCCCUCCUUGAAGAUCACAAGGCGGCGGCGGCGGCAGCGGCAGGCAAUGUUGAUCAUUCUAAAUCUGCAUCGUCCUCGUCCUCGUCGUCGGAACAGCAUUCAUCAGCUCAUCAAAACCACCACGCCCCACCUCCUCCAGCUGAUGGUGAGCCUGAGCCUGAGCCCGACAGCAACAGCGCUAGCCUUGUAUGUCUCUCCGGAUACAACCCCGAGACCCUGUCCGACUUGAUUCGCUUAUCCAAGGCCCUGGUCGCGGGGGGCUACGAAACAGAGUGCUGCCAAGCCUACUCAGUGGCACGGCGGAAUGCACUGGAGGAGACCCUUCACACGCUUGGGUUCGAGAAGCACAGCAUCGAUGACGUCCAGAAGAUGCAGUGGGGAUCGCUGGAGAGGGAGAUCCAAGCCUGGAUUAGGGCGUUGAGGCAGUGGGAGACCUUGCACGUUCCCAGCGAACGCAAGCUGUCCGACACCGUCUUCUCGGAUUAUCCUGCCAUGUCCCAGGCCCUGUUCGGGAGCCUGUCGCAUGGCGUUACCACUCAACUCUUCAAUUUCUCCGCGGCCCUGGCACUGACGAGACGCGGUGUGGAGAAGCUGUUCAAGUUUCUGGACGUGUACGAGGCCUUGAGGGACAGCGUGCCCGAGAUUGGCGAGCUGAUGCCGCAGGAGUGGGGCACCGAGAUUAAGUCGGAGGCCUCCAUGAUAAGGAGCAGCCUGGGGCAGGCCAUGAUUCUGAUGUUCAGCGACCUGGAGAGGUCAAUAAAGGGCGACGCGGGGAAGACUCCGGUGCCGGCUGCGGGCGGGGGAGUGCACCCCCUGACGAUAUACACGACGGAUUUCCUGGAGAAUGCGUGCGAGUACAAGGCAACCUUGGAUCAGGUGUUCAGCGAGCACCGGAAUUAUAAGCUGGAGAGGGCAGAGUACGAUGAUGAUCGAGAUCGGGAUCAUGAAGGAGGAGAUGACCAAUAUUUAGAUCAUCAGGACCAUCAGAAUCAAUCCGAUCAAAGCCAAAGCCAAAGCCAAAGUCGAGGCGGCGCGGGCAGGCAGCCGCCAUCGUCGCCCUUCCAAGGUCAGAUAACGAAGGUGAUGGAGCUGCUGGAGCAGAAGGUGGAGCGGAAGUCGAAGCUGUACAAGGAGCCGGCGCUGAGCUCGAUAUUUUUGAUGAACAACGGGAGGUACGUGCUGAAGAAGGUGAGGGAGUCGAGCGAGCUGAACAGCCUGAUGGGGGAGGCGUGGUACCGCAAGAAGUCGGCGGACCUGAGGCAGUACCACCAGGUGUACCAGCGGGAGACGUGGGGGCGGCUGCUGGGUUGCUUCCGGGCGUCGGAUGGGCUGGUGGUGAACGGGAAGGUGUCGAAGCCGGUGUUGAAGGAGAGGUUCAAGAGCUUCAACGCCAUGUUCGACGAGAUUCACCGGGCGCAGAGCGGGUGGGUGGUGGCGGACGAGCAGCUGCAGUCGGAGCUGAGGGUGGCCAUCUCCAACAUGGUCAUCCCGGCCUACAGGUCGUACCUGGGGCGGUACAGCCACACCUUCACUCCCGGCCGCCAGACCGAGAAGUACGUCAAAUAUCAGCCCGAGGAUAUUGAGGCCUGCAUUGAGGACUUGUUCGACGGCAACACUAGCAAAUAG